CGCCCGCUCGCUGUCCCGUGCCGCCCGCCACCCCGCGGGCCGCAGCGUAUCGCUGCGCGGCCCCGGUCCUCGCCCACGGCCGCCUCGCCGUUGCCCUGUUAACAGCCGGGGAGGCGGGCCGACCCGCGGGCGGCCGGGACCUGCGGCCGCCAUUCCCGUGUCGCUGCGCCCGCGCGGGCCGCCCGAGCCGGCCACCAUGCCGCUGGGCCUGAAGCCCACCUGCAGCGGCUGCAAGACCACGUCGUCCUCCAUGUGGAAGAAAGGCCCGCAGGGCGAGAUCCUCUGCCACCACUGCACGGGCCGGGGCGGCGCGGGCGGCGCGGGCGGAGGCUCGGGGGCGGCAGGUGGGACUGGGGGCGGCAGCGGCGGCGCCGGCGGCGGCUUCAGCUCGACGACCUUCGCCAGCACCUCGGCCGCGCCUGCGCAGAGCAACGGGGGCGGAGGCGGCAAGCAGAGUAAGCAGGAAAUUCAUAGGCGGUCUGCGCGGCUCAGAAACACGAAGUACAAGUCUACUCCAGCUGCUGAAAAGAAGGUUUCCACCAAAGGAAAAGGAAGAAGACAUAUUUUUAAACUGAAAAAUCCCAUCAAAGCUCCUGAGUCUGUUUCCACCAUUAUCACUGCAGAAUCUAUCUUCUACAAGGGAGUGUAUUACCAAAUUGGUGAUGUUGUUUCUGUGAUCGAUGAGCAAGAUGGAAAGCUCUACUAUGCUCAGAUCAGGGGCUUUAUCCAGGACCAGUAUUGUGAGAAGAGUGCAGCGCUGACGUGGCUCAUUCCCACUCUGUCUAGCCCCAAAGAUCAGUUUGAUCCUGCAUCCUAUAUCAUAGGGCCAGAGGAAGACCUUCCAAGAAAGAUGGAAUACUUGGAAUUCGUUUGUCAUGCACCUUCUGAGUAUUUCAAGUCAAGGUCAUCGCCAUUUCCAACAGUCCCUACCAGACCAGAGAAGGGUUACAUAUGGACUCAUGUUGGACCCACUCCUGCAAUAACUAUUAAGGAAACUGUUGCCAACCAUUUGUAGUUACAAAGUUAAGGCUGGGAAUGUGUCUUACUGGUAGAGCACUUAUCUAGGAUCUGUAAGGCCCUGGGUUUCAUCUCUGGCACACA